AUGUCCGCCGAGAACGACGAUGCUGCUCGCCGUAAGACGGCGAUUGCCGAGUACCGGAAAAAGCUUCUCAACCACAAGGAACUCGAAGGUCGAGUUCGAUCUGCAAGGGAGAAUUUAAAAGUGGCUAAGAAGGAGUAUACUAAAACGGAGGACGAUUUGAAGUCUCUCCAGAGUGUUGGACAGAUCAUAGGCGAGGUUCUGAGGCCUCUGGAUAAUGAACGCUUGAUCGUUAAAGCCAGCAGCGGCCCAAGAUAUGUGGUUGGAUGCCGCAGUAAAGUGGACAAAGACAAACUAACAUCAGGCACCAGGGUUGUUCUUGAUAUGACAACACUUACAAUUAUGCGAGCUCUCCCUCGUGAGGUGGAUCCUGUUGUUUACAAUAUGCUUCAUGAGGAUCCUGGUAAUGUUAGUUAUUCUGCUGUGGGUGGCUUGUCGGAUCAAAUCCGGGAACUAAGAGAAUCUAUUGAAUUACCUCUCAUGAAUCCCGAGCUAUUCCUAAGAGUUGGCAUUAAGCCUCCUAAGGGUGUACUUCUAUAUGGGCCUCCUGGUACUGGCAAGACACUGUUGGCCAGAGCAAUUGCUAGCAACAUAGAUGCCAAUUUCCUAAAGGUCGUGUCGAGUGCUAUUAUCGACAAGUACAUAGGGGAGAGUGCUAGAUUGAUCAGGGAAAUGUUUGGCUAUGCCCGUGAUCACCAACCCUGUAUCAUAUUUAUGGACGAGAUUGAUGCCAUUGGAGGACGCCGUUUUAGUGAGGGAACAAGUGCCGAUCGUGAAAUCCAAAGGACACUUAUGGAGUUGUUAAACCAGCUUGAUGGGUUUGACCAGCUUGGGAAGGUAAAAAUGAUAAUGGCGACAAACAGGCCUGAUGUUCUGGACCCUGCACUGCUUCGUCCGGGUCGCUUAGAUAGGAAAAUUGAAAUUCCAUUGCCGAAUGAGCAGUCGAGAAUGGAGAUUCUGAAAAUCCAUGCCGCUGGUAUAGCUAAGCAUGGUGAAAUUGAUUAUGAGGCUGUGGUGAAACUUGCUGAGGGAUUUAACGGUGCUGACCUUCGUAAUAUCUGCACUGAAGCCGGAAUGUCUGCGAUUCGGGCGGAGCGUGAUUAUGUCAUUCACGAAGACUUCAUGAAGGCCGUGAGGAAACUGAAUGAAGCCAAGAAGCUUGAAUCAAGUGCUCAUUACAGUGCUGACUUUGGGAAGGAGUAG